GCAGAAUUAACUCAUGCAUGCAAUCCAGGAUAGUCACUUCACUCACAUUCACUGGAGAACUUCACAACUUGCUGUCUUGAGCGACGACUGGAUUGGCGAGCGUCUACCUGAAGAAUCUGUUGAUGUUCCAAAAGACCACCAGUUGGUACCAGACGAAGAUGGCGAUAUAUUCCUAGGUACACUCACAUUUAGCAGCAAGAAAAAGCCAAAGAAACCCACAUGGGACCAUAGUACAAUGGAAGAGGAUACUGCUAUGGCAGAAAGAUAGACAUGGGCCACACAUCUACAAUAUACCAAAUGUAAGGUCAUUGGCAUUCUCUUUACUAAAUCGUAAUGUUACGGCUUUACACUUUUUCCUCGUUCCAAAUGACCGCCACAACCCCGGAUUUUGUACUCGUUAAAUUGCAAUACGCAACUUUUUUUUUUUACAUCUU